GUUAGCAGCUUUGCGCGCUAAUAGGAUUAGGGAGGUUUAAAACUGUCAUUUGAGUGAACUAAACCCCCUGAUACUCUGCAUUGCACCUUCUUAACCAAUUUGCCUUCAAUUAGGGUAAUUGGGAAACUAGCAAAGAAGUAUAGCAUUAAUAUUUUAAAGUGAUGAAGUGAUUACGGGCCUUGGACAAGGAAGCAAAUCAAUUUGCUAUCUGCUCCUAAAAGGCAAUUAUAAUCAUUUGGCAAAUCAGCCUGCUGCCUCCCCCCGGGCGAGGCAACACCUUGCGGUGGCCGUGGGGCCGGCACGGCACACCCAGCGCCGGGGCCGGGCAGCUGGGCAGUCCCCUGCCCCCAAAGCCGGCACCCCGGGGACCUCCCUGCCCCCCGGGCCGCUGGGGCGCUCUGGGGGAGCAUCAGUGAGGGGCACGCGGCUCCUGCGCUCGUCACAGUGGCCAGCACGGGCGCAAGUGGGGUCCAGUUUGCGCCCCGGGCCCCACACAUCGCCCCUGCCCUGGGGAUGUCCCUGGUACCUCCACAGGCAGCCCCUCCCUGCUCUCCCCUGCACUCUCUUGCAGCACUGCAUGGCAUGGGGGUGUCACCCCACCCCCAGGGGCCGCAUGGCCCACCUGUGUCAUGCCAUCCCUGGUGUGUGGUCUUGCCAUCCUCAGGGCAGUGCCAGCGUGUCCCUGGGGUGGCGGCACACUGUCCCCGGGGCGGUGGUGUGCCAUCCUCAAGACAACAUCACACUGUCCCCAAGGAGGUGUGAGACAGGGCAGGUGAAGCCUCAUAACCUGGGUAGGGACAACGGGAUGGCCUUGGGGUCCACACCAGGGCACAGAGUGGGCUGUGGGGUCUCACCAACAGCAGCUCUUGUGCAGAGGGCACAGACCCUCUAGGAGCCAGCAGCCAUCUGGCACAGGGUGCUGGGGUCCAAAAGCCCCACAGUGACAUUUGCUAUCCGAAAGGGGAAGCGUGGCAAGGAGGGGAAGGGAGUGGGAGGAAACCCAGACAGGUCCGGGGGCGGCGGUGGUUACAGGUGGCAGGAAGAUGGUUUUGGGAGAAAGUAAAAGUGAGCAAAGAAAGAAAAGGGCAAAAUCCACUGCAGAUGAUGGGAGCUGUGGGCAGCUGUGGGCAAGCACAUCCCCCAGCACAGCCCAGGAACCCCACCAUGAUGUUUCCAUCAUUCUUUGGGACCCAGGGGCAGCAGUGGGAGUGGGGAGAAGAAUAGUAGUCCUGCUCCUCAGCCUGGUUGCCUUUGUCCCACAGCCCCUCAGGCCAGGGCCCAUGGGCAUUCCCCAGGGAUUGUCCCCUUGGCUGGAUCCCACAGCUGGUCCCCACAGAGUGUUCCCAUGCCUGGCUCCAGUGUUCAGUCCCAUGCCCCUGAUUCAUCCCCACACCUGGUCCUAUGGGCACUGCCCCAUGGCUGCUUCCCACACUUGGCCCCCCUGCCUGGUCCCUCUGCUCUGGUCCCCGUGAGUGUUCCCUGCCCAGUCUUCAUACCAGGUUCUCAAGCCUGUUCAGGGGGGGUGGUCUCCGUGGCUGGUCCCUACACCUGGGCCCACAACCAGACCCCAGAGCAGAUCCCCAGACCAUGUCUGCACCCUGGGUCCUCACAGUGGGACCCCAUGCCUAGUCCCCAUCCCUGUCCCCACACCUGUCCCCAUCUCUGCUUCCCACAUGGGCAGGGCUCUGCAGGCAGCAUCACUGAGAGCCACAGGGCCACCCAGGCUGUCACAGGGCCACCCCCAGACAUGCCAUCCCUAUCCGGGGGGACAACACCCGUCACUGCAGCAUCCCCAUCCCACCGAGGCUUGGGGCAUCUGCCCUGGACCCCAUCCCUGGGGCAGAGCCUCUGCAGCCCAAGGAAAUCCUGCCCCCUCCCCCUCCAUCCUUUCUUCUCCGCUCCCCCUGUUUCUAAUUCUUUCUCCUCGCCCGUAAUGAGGGGAUUACACGGCAAACUCCAGCAGGACGCCUUUGUGGGGAGACAAUCCGAGUGGGGAAGGCAGUUCGGGGCUUUGUCCGCCCCUGCCCCCCCGGACCCGUGCUGGGGGGACAUUUAGAGCAAUUACUUGUCCAGAAAGUAACUGUCAAUCAUUCUUAAAGGGGAAGGCCUCCAAUUAAUAACCUCGUCUUAAUCCUUUGGACUCAUUUCCAAUCUGCGGUGCCUUGGUGACAUCUGCAACACUAAAUAAAGAUUCUCCCGAGCCUUAGCACGGCGGUUCUGUGACAAAUAAGAAGACUAGAGGCAACUUUGGCUGCCAAAGCUGCGAGAUUGGUGAGGUUGAGCCGCUUGUUUGGUUCCCGGGAGGGACCAGCAAAGUUAAAUACUCCUGGAAAAGCCGAGUUGGGCCCAGCAGGUAACGCCGUUUUUUUCCAAUUCGGGACAAAGCGCUGAGGGAAGAUGCUGAGAAAGGGAGUGGGUGUCCCCAGGGUGUCCCCAGGGUGUCCCCAGGGUGUCCCCAGGGUGUCCCCAGGGGUGGUGUUGGGGACGGGGCUGGCACCAUUCCCUGGGGACUCAGGAGCGGGUGUGGGCACCUGCCAGUUUCACUCGCCCCGAAUCACAGAGCCAGGGGCAGGAGUCACCCAUGCUCCUACCACCUGUCCCAGGCGGCUUGAGCCCAGGGAGCCAAAUUCUGGCACCCAGAUGGGCUUCCAAAGGCAAAGAAUGGGGUCCCAGUGGAAGCUGGGGCUGUCCCUGGACUGUCUCUUCCACAUCCCCUGCUGCCAGAGGAGGCCUCUUGUCCUCACGGAUGUUCUGCUGCUUUGCAGUUCUCAGGAAGUAAGGUUUUUUACCCACUUUUACCAGGGCUCAAUAUUGUUUCUGCUGCUUUAUUGGGCAUCUUUACCAGCAGCCAUAUCCUCCCCCCAGCUAGCAGCCCCCACAGGGAAACUAUGAGCUGGGGAAUAGAGGAGAUGGGGGUAAGAACUCUCCUGAGAUACUGGAUCCUUAUGGUUCCCAGCACAGGUUUGCAGCUUAAAAACUUAAACUCAAAAAUUGCUGCUAGCAUGACAGUGGCUGCAGGAAGAUGCCCUUUGGGAGCCGGAUUUUAGCAAUGCCCCCACCCUGAGCUCAGUGUGGCCUGUUUCCAGGCAGGAUUCCCAAAACACUGGUGGCAAAGGCUUGGGAGUCCUGAGGCCAGUCCCUGGAGGAUGAGGAAUAUGGGAUGUUUGGUUGGUGCUGAUGUCCCCCCAGCCUGAUCUAUAAUGCUUCCCCAGUUCCCCACUCAGGGACAUCUUUGCCCCCCCAGCCAGGCCGAGGCAGAUGGGGGUGGGGGUCCCACCCUUGCCCCCAUCCCACAGGGUCUGGUGCUGCCUCCCUGCUGCUGGGUCACUGCUGCUCUGGGAUUUUGCUGUUCUUGGCUCAUCUGUGCUCCCAGGUUGGGGUUUGCUGCUCUCUGGAGAGUUUUUUCCUCAUUUGCUUUCUGAUGGGGUCAGGGGGUGAACCAUGGGGCUCCAUCUCUGCACCUUACCCCUGUCCCCCCACCAUUGCCCCACUUCUUCUCCUGCUUGCCCCAUCUUAUCUCCAGCCCCUCCAGCCUCUCUCACCCCAAUGCCCAUCUCACCCAUUCCUAUUGCCCCAGCUCAUUCCAGCUCCCCCCCCAGCUCUGGCUCCCCCCAUUGCUCUAUGAGGUCAUGGGACAUGGUUGGGCAGGGCUGAUGGGGGUCCUGAUGGGGUGCUGGAUCCCUUGGGGGCUCUGUACCCUAGGAGGUUGCUCUAGGCGCUCAGCCCCCCUCUCUCCUCUCCUUGCAGGUGCAGAGCUGCGCAAAUGAGAAGCAGGUGCCACCAUGUUCCUGAAUAAGUGUGAGGGGGACCUGGGAGAGUUGCGUAAGCCAGGGGACGGCGAGGCCACCCCACCGGCCACCACCGAGGAGGAGCAGCCCAAGAAGAAGCACCGGCGGAACCGCACCACCUUCACCACGUACCAGCUGCACGAGCUGGAGCGUGCCUUCGAGAAAUCCCACUACCCCGACGUGUACAGCCGCGAGGAGCUGGCCAUGAAGGUCAACCUGCCGGAGGUCCGCGUGCAGGUCUGGUUCCAGAACCGACGAGCCAAGUGGAGGAGGCAGGAGAAGAUGGAAGCCAGUUCCAUGAAGCUUCACGACACUCCCGUGCUCUCCUUCAACCGGCCCCCCAUGACCCCCAACGUGGGGCCCAUGAGCAACUCCCUCCCACUCGACCCAUGGCUGACAUCCCCCAUCUCCAGCGCCACCACAGUCCACAGCAUCCCCGGCUUCAUGGGAGCCCCCCAGGCCCUGCAGCCCCCCUACGCUGGGCACUCCUUCCUCAACACCCCCCCACCGAUGGCGCAGGGCAUGCAGCCCAUGGCCCCCGCGCCCUACCAGUGCGGCACCCCCUUUGUGGACAAGUACCCGCUGGAGGAGGUGGACCAGAGGAGCUCCAGCAUCGCCUCGCUCCGCAUGAAAGCCAAGGAGCACAUUCAGACCAUUGACAAGACCUGGCAGCCCAUUUGAUGAACACUCCCCUCCGAGCUCCCCGGCUGCCGCUCCCAGCCCUGGUGCUGGCUCGGCCCCACAGCGGGUGAGGGAGGACGGUGGGUGCUCAGCAGGACCAAAGCUGGCACCGGGCAGGGAUGCUGGACUGUGUCUUCCCCACACUGACCCAGCACCAGUGGUGCUGGGGGAGCGAGUCAGGGUGCUGGCUGGACCCCAUGGCUGGGGGAAAGCACUCCAGGAGAGCCCCUUUGCCUUUCUAAGGCACCGAGAUCAUCUGAGGACAUGGCUGAGGCUCAGGUAUCCCAUUGUGCCACCAGACCACCCACCACACCCCAGCUGGACAUCUCCUUUCUCCAUACCCCCUCCCCUUUCCACUAUUCUUUUUUGCUUUUUUUUUUUUAAUGCUGCAGAUUUAAACAAAACUGAACAGAGAGCUCUAGUUUUGUAGGGAGUACCUGGGGGGAUGUUUUAGCUGUGUUGGGGCACGCUGCCGGUCACGCCAGGAGAUGUGCCGGCACCAAGAGCACGGGUGUAUUGUGAGUAAAGAGAUAAGCUGGACAGCUGCUGCAUGCUGGAGUCGGGUGCUGCUGGGGCCUCAGUUAUGCUGUGCCCUCCUUAGCACUGUGUGGUUGCCAAGCCUCUGCAGAAAAGAGCUUUCCUGGGGGCAUGGGAGCAGCCCUGCACACCCUCCUGCCCUGCUCCCUUGGGAUGCUGCGUGCAGGUGUGG